AUGGGGUUUUCACCAUUUUCUAACCUAAAAUUCAAUUUCAGACGGAAAUCAAAUAUUUCUUCUUUCAAACAUUGUCGAAUGACGGAUUCUCGAUUGAACAAAUUACGCGAGCUUCUCGAGUCACGUAAUCGGAUACUUCGAUCAGAGGCUAUAUCAAUGCUUACACAAUAUGCACCCAUUUCUAGCCAACAGUCAAUAAUCUAUUCAUGGGAUCAACUUUUUGAUAUUGUGGCACAAUGCUUUCGCAGUUCUUUGUGGGAAUGCCGGGUUGCUUCGGCAGAACUUGUUGCUGCUCUUCUUUUAAGUGCUGAUAAUGCAUUUUAUGAAAAAUUUGAAUUGUUGUCAAAAGACAAAAUGAAAGAAUAUUUUGAUGAAUGUGCAACAUUAAUUGAGAAUUUGGAUUUAAACAAAAUUAUUUCAAAUUAUAAAAUGCUAGUUGGAUUCGAAGAGGAGAACGACACUUUAGUCGAUAAAAACAAUUCAACUGACAUUAGUCUUCAACAUAAGAAAAAGCAACGACAAUUAAUUGAUUUACAUUUGGAUAUGAAUUCUGCUACUGGGGUUUCUUCAAGCACAUUUAUUACCGAUGACGAAAUAUCAACUUUGAGUGAAAUUAAGGACACAAAUUUAACUACAACAGAUUCUCCAAUUGUUUCUCAUAGAGAGUUAUACGAGGAGGUUAUUAACAAUGAAUGUCCUUUUGUUGAUACUUUUUCUCAUAAUUCUUUAAAAUUUGGGCAACAAAAAAUUAAAGAUGAGCCAAGUUUGGAUGAUGUAUCUGUCACUAAUAUUUCAACAAUUAAUGAACAAGAAUCUACUCUUCCUCUACAAUUUUUAAAAAGUUUUUAUGAAUUUUUUCAUUCUACUCUUCUCCGCGAUUUAGUCAGUCCAAAAUGGCAAACACGUCAUGGAGCUUGUCUUGUUUUAACAAAAAUUUGUAAUCAGGCGAACAAAUGGCUGUUUCCGUAUUCGAGCUUUCUCACUAAAGCUACCACUCGCCUACUUCAUUUAUUUUGUUUGGACCGUUUUUGUGAUUUUGUAACCGGCAGCAAUGUUGUUGCUCCAGUGCGGGAGGCAGCUGCACAAGCACUUUCAUUUAUUUUGUUAAAAUUGUGUGAUAAUGAUAGUUUAAAAAUCAAAAAUGAAAACUAUAAAGAAGAAUUAGAGCCGUUUAUGAUUCGAGUUGGCUCAGCAAUUUUAAACCAGAUUUGCAAUAUGCUCCAAAUAACAAGCGAACAGAAUUGGCAUUGUCGGCAAGGUGCAUUGCUUGUUGCUAAAUAUCACUUUGCAGUGACUGCUUUUUCGCUGCCUUCAGAUUACAAGUUGUUUGAUCUCACAUUGUGGGCUCUUGAACAUGAUCCUGUAGAUGAGAUAAUUUCUGCGGGGAGCCAGGCUAUCUGUUCGUUUUUCUUAGCGGCUAACUCCGGAAUAGCAAAGUUCAAUGUUAAUAUUUUGUCUAAAAUUCGUCAAGAAACUCUUCCGCGAAUUUGGGGUAUACUACAACAUCCUGAACGAUUGACACAGCUUCGCGAAGGUGUUGAUUCUGUACUUGUCGAUUUACUUGGUCUUCUCGAAUUUUGGCUAUCUACGGAUAAGGAAGAGAAUCAAAGCACUUCACAAUCUUUAGCUCAGCUUAGUGAUAGUCAAGUAACACUAUUAGUCGAGCUACUUGAAUGCUCGCCGCAAACCUGCCCGACAGAACGAAAUAUAAAAGUUAUGCAAUGCCUUUGUUCAAUUUUUAAGAACGAUUCCUUAACUAUAACUCCUGAUGGCAAGCAUAUUUGGACUGAAAAGUUACUUUUCCAAACAUUGAAACGACUUUAUAGAUGUGUUAUUUUCUGUCCACCAAGUUCUGCUGAAAUAUUGUUGCCAUCAUGCCACACGACACUGUCAUUGUUAUUAGAAUUUUUUCAGCGGCAUAUGGCUUUGACGUCAAAUUUUAACAAUUUACUUGGAAAUGAUCUUUCAUUGAAUAUAGGUUACUACGAAAUUAUUUAUUCUCCAAACAUUUAUCGUUCUAACUAUUGUCAGGCCUCUGGAUUAGCUGCCUUAUGUACGAUCACAAAAAUCCUGAAAUUGGUUUAUGUAUUUUUACAUAAUGUUGAUGGAUCUGACUCUCGACGAGACUUUCCUAAAGAAUUAUUGUGUGGGGAAGAAUUACACUUUUUGGAAAGGAAACAAAUUGAUUUAGUUAUCCUCGAGAGAAAAGCUAUGGCUGCUCGAUGGCUAGCGCCAUUGAUAAAUACUCUCUUUCGAUGGGGCUGCCCUAUUGGUCAACAGCCAAUGUUUAUAUCCGUCCAGCUAUUAUUCUUUCCAUAUUUACGCUCUAAUUCAUUAUAUCAAAAGCUUGGGUCGGCACUUUUGGCUCAGGAAUGGUCAAAUGUUUAUCAGAAUUCACGGCACGGAAAUUUUUCAUCUGAUAAUCAAUCAGUACCUGCCCCUGAUAUUUUAAUCAAAGAAUUAUACGAGCAAUUAUCAUGUAAUUCAAAUUCCAACAAGCUAUUUGAUGAGACAACCCAGUUGGUUAGUAUAUUAACUAAAGAGUGUAACGAUUUCAAACAAUAUUGUUUGCGAAAGGGUGUUCCUGCUUCCGAAUUACUUCCACUAAAUCAGGUAAAAAUAUAUACGGCUUCCAAAUGA